CUGAAUCACGGUCGUAUGUUGAAAAUUUCAAUUUUUUAAAUUAAGAAAUUCGGCUGCAAAAUUCAUGCAGUGCAUAUUGUAAUGUAAGCAGAUAGCUACUCUUCCAAGAAUAUCUGGUAUCUUUUUAUUAUAUUUAUUUCCAAUCUAAAAAAGACUGAUUUGUGUUAUGCAUUGGUACUAUUAUUCAUAUCUUAUACUCUUAUUUUACAGUGUUUUUCAUAGUUAUGAUUGUUACUUGUUAAUUUUUGAAUGGUAUAUUUGCUAAGUCGUCAGCACAUAGAUUUGCUUCCCCUAGAUAGAGGCUAAAGCAAGCUUCGCACAAUUAGUUUCUUGGUACUGACUGGUCACAUUAAUCAUGUAACUAACAUCUAAUUUAUCUGACUUUUUGCAUUUCAUUAGUUUAGUAAUCUCAUACUUUUCUGUUUUUUCCAAUAUAUCAAACCAAACGUACCCUUCUUCAAAGUCAACUCCCUCAUAACGAAAACAAAUUAAUUUGAUUUAGUUGAAUGAUGGAAUUCUUUAUCAUAAACAAAAGGUAUUUGUAAAAUACAAAACCAGACUUAUACAGGUUUAUACUUUCUGGCGAAAAUGAGUUAAUGAUUCCGUUGUCGGAAAAUCUAAUAUUUACAAUCUCGUGUCAAAAGUUUCAUUUAUAAUAUCUAAAAUAAAUAAAAAUUAUUUACAGGCUUUACUAAUUCCAGUGACGACCAACAGAAUAAACCUCCUAAAAAAAGUCAACUCCUUUCAUCAUCUUCACGAUUUUGUUCCCACAUGAUAAAUACCCAAAGAAGCUAUUCAUAGUAACGUCUCCACAAACAUUUUCCUCUCGACUCUCCAACAUGCGAAACGACGCGUUUUAUCUUCACUAAAACGGUGUCGUUAGUAGCUGCGUAGCUCCCAAGUUAACCUCUUGCUUCGUCUACAAAUGGGAAACGGAGCAAGUGGCUGUUGCGUGGCCGGAGACACUUCGAGACGAUGCGGUGUCGAACGCUUUCACGACAACCUCGGUCACUCUUUCAGCUAUGUCCGGCCAGUCCUCGACGGAUCAAGACCUUCUUUCACGCGGGAACCGUCUCUCCAACCCGACCCGAUCCCUGGAACUACGACCACUUUCCGUUCAAUCUCCGGCGCUUCCGUUAGCGCCAAUAACUCAACGUCGCUCUCUGACUCUCUCUCAACGGACUUGUCGUUAAAGGCCUCCGGGUUUGAGAGCUCUAACAAGUUCGCUUCCUUUCCCCUCAAGCCUGUGCCGCGUGGUUCGACGAAGAAGCCGAGUCACGUGUCCGGUCCGUUCGAGCGACGGUUUUUAUCCGGUCCGAUCGAAACCGGUUUGGUUAAGAAGAAAAAGAAGACCAAAUCAUUUUCUAAACCUAAACCGAACAAGAGACUUGCCACGUUUAAAACCAUUUUCACAAACUUGAUAUCUAACAAUCAAUCUCGCUCGAAGAAGGGCUUGAUCGAGCCAAUCAACAGUUUCAAUUCAUCAACUUCGGAUCAUCAUAGACCUGAGAUCAAUAACUCAAGCACAAGCACGAGUCUGAGCAGCCAAGAGAGCCCUAGAACCAAAGAAAGAGAAGACUCUGAAGAAGAAGAAGAAGAAGAAGAAGAGGGGAAGAGUGAGUGUUCUCUAGAGGAGCCAAAGAUUCAAUGGGCGGAGGGUAAAGCAGGGGAAGACAGAGUACACGUCAUCCUCUCUGAGGAAAACGGUUGGCUUUUCGUGGGUAUUUACGACGGAUUCAACGGUCCAGAUCCACCGGAUUAUCUUCUCAACAAUCUCUACACCGCCGUGCUCAAAGAGCUCAAAGGGUUGCUAUGGGACGACGAAAACAACUCCGAUGAUAUUGCAUCAUGUAGCGAAGAAGGUCAGUCCCAGAUAAGGAAACAGAGUACACUGGAAGGAGGCACUGUUGCUUGUGACACAAGAAACAUAGUUGCUUGUGACUCAAGAAACAUAGCUGAGGAUGUGAAGAAGCUGCAAUGGAGAUACGCUUCGAAACAGAAUUGUAUAGAAUCUGAUUCGGAGAUGAUUAACCACAAAGACGUGCUGAAAGCACUUGAACAAGCGUUGAUGAAAACAGAGGAAGCGUUUGAUCAAACGGUGGAUGAGAAUCCAGUACUAGCCUUGAUGGGGUCCUGCGUUCUCGUGACGUUAAUGAAAGGUGAAGACGUUUACGUGAUGAGCGUCGGAGAUAGCCGAGCGGUUUUGGCGCAAAGAUCGUAUCUCGGGAGGAAGAAGGUGGCGAAUGAUCUUCAGAGAAUCAAGGAAGAGGGUCUGUUAAAGACAUGUUUGGUCAGAGAAAAAAGAGUUAGUCUUCUGGUUCCUGUUCAGCUCAAUAUGGAACACAGCACAAACGUUCAAGAGGAAGUGAGAAGAAUCAAGAAUGAACAUUCUGAUGAUCCAUUGGCGAUAGAGAAUGGUAGAGUGAAAGGUUACCUCAAGGUCACUCGUGCAUUUGGCGCUGGAUUUCUCAAACAACCGAAGUGGAACAAGGCGGUUCUAGAGAUGUUCAGAAUAAACUACGUUGGAACAUCGCCGUACAUCACGUGCUCCCCGUCGCUUCACCACCACAGACUCACGCCGCAUGAUAAGUUCCUUAUCCUCUCUUCUGAUGGAUUGUAUGAAUACUUCUCCAGUGAGGAAGUCAUCUUCGAGGUUGAGUCUUUCAUCUCAGCCUUCCCCGAAGGCGAUCCUGCUCAGCAUCUCAUCCAAGAAGUCCUCCUUCGAGCUGCCAAAAAAUAUGGUAUGGAUUUCCACGAAUUGUUGGAGAUAGCUCAAGGAGAUCGUCGCAAGUAUCAUGACGAUGUUUCUGCGAUUGUGAUUUCACUUGAAGGAAGAAUUUGGAAAUCUUCCAUGUGAAUAAAAAACCGUGUGUGAUCCACUUAGUUUUUUGUUAUGUUAUCUAUUUCUGGCAUACACAAUAUGCUGUGUUUUUCAUAACCAAAUAUUUAGU